GAAACUUGCGAACGUCUCGCUGCGGGACUUGGGCGGGACAGCUGCUGGGGAUGUGUCUCUUGAGUAACGACCAAAAAGAAUGAGAAAAAAAAAUUAUAGCAAAAAAGAAAAACCGACCGUGCGGCAACCACUCAACGCUUUUGUAAACAUUUCGCAUUUCUUCUUCAAACUGAACGAGUUGAGUUCUCGUGGCAACCGAAAAAGCCUUAACAGAAGCGCGCGCGUCUUCGUACGGAUUGGAGAUUCAACAUACAGCGCGACGACGGCCAUAAAACAAUUAUUUGAAAACAUAUAAAAAGUACAGAGAAAUAAAUAAAGAGCGAGCAUAUUUUAGCAUAUAUUUCAAAAGAAUUUUAGUUGCCGCUGCCAACAAUGCCCACAUUGCAGGUGUGUCUGCAAUGGACGGCCGUGGUGUUCAAUACAUUUACUUUGAUAAUUGGCAGCCUGGCUGCCUUAGCCGGCGUCUACGAGCUGAUCUACAAACUGGACGAGGGCUCUGCAACUCACAUUGACUUCGAGAAGAUCAGGCAGCUGACCAUGGCUGGAACCCUCAUCCUGGCUGCAGUGAUCGGCUGCUCGGGCGCUUUUCUCGGCUCCAUCAAGGUGCUGGUGGUGCACUUGGUCUUCUUGGUGUGCUUGAUAGGCGCGCACAUUUAUCGACUGAUGCAUUACAAUGAGGCCAGACACGUGAAUACCACAGAGGAGUUUGUCAUGGGCAUUUGGCUGAAGGAGCUGUCGCAUUCCGGUGCUAUGCAUCAACUGGAGCAGAGGUAUGAAUGCUGCGGCAACAAGGGCUUCUCCGAUUACACGAGCACCAUGCGUGCGCCUCAGAGCUGUUUCCAUACCGUCGACGGUGUGCAUGCGCUCUAUCCCUAUACAGAGGGUUGCAUGUCGGCCGUGAAGCGUGCUCAUCUCUCAAUCUAUCGCUUUGAGAAGUGGGUGCACUGUGGACUGAUUGGCUAUGAAAUUAUCGGCAUUAUUUUGGGCAUUACGCUGUGCUGUCAGCUGACCAACAAGCCGCGUCGCUACACCUACUAGAACUUACGAUUCUUUAUAUAAUACAAUAAACGACUUAUUUGAUAUGA